CUCGUUAAACCCCUCAACUUUCUCUGGAAAAUCUCAUCGUCUUGUACUUUCCGAUCAUGGAGAUGGAGCGCAUGAACGAGUUUCCUCACACGCAGAUGGAUCGGCGACCUGCGAAGAAGGUGCGUAUGGGCUGGGACAUUCUUCCUCAGGUCCCAAAAGAUUUGUGCCCUUCAGUAAAAAACAUUCUUCUUCUAGACUCUGAAGGGAAGCGUGUAGCAGUAAAGUAUUACUCAGAUGAUUGGCCUACAAAUAGUUCAAAAUCAGCUUUUGAGAAAUCUGUGUUUACUAAGACUCUGAAGUCCAAUGCUCGGGUAGAAGCGGAAAUAUCUAUGUUUGAGAACAACAUUGUUAUCUACAAGUUUGUCCAGGACCUUCACUUCUUUGUGACUGGAGGUGAUGAUGAAAAUGAACUCAUCUUAGCCACAGUUCUUCAAGGAUUCUUUGAUGCAGUUGCCCUUCUCUUGAGGAACAAUGUUGACAAAAGGGAGGCACUUGAGAACUUGGAUCUCAUUCUUUUAUGCCUUGAUGAGAUUGUUGAUGGAGGGAUGGUACUUGAAACAGAUGCCAGCAUUAUUGCAGGAAAAGUGGCUACCCACAACAUGGAUGCUGACGCACCUUUGUCUGAGCAAACUAUAACUCAAGCAUGGGCAACAGCACGUGAACAUUUGACAAGAACCCUUCUCAGUUGAUUAAUGCCCGCACGCAGAGAAAAUGAGUUUGAGAUUCUUUUGGUGGCUUAAAUUUUUUCGUCUGCAGCUUAGAAAUUCAGUUCUUUUUCUUUGUUUAGCCAAUGGGAGAUGAGCAUCACGCAUCACGCAUUGGGCUUCUUAUAGACUUUUUAUUUUUAUUUUUAUUCCAGUCAAUCUUUUCUUUAUUUCUUCAAUAUCAAGUUGUGUCCAUGUAUUUUGUUAUUUGCCUGUGUGGUGUGGCACGAUGUAAUAAAUAAUGAUUUAAUUUAUGAACAAUCCCGAGAAGCUGGUAGAGGAAUAAAAAGAGGUAGAGGAAUGCUUAAAAUAA